CGAGUUUGCAGGACGAGCAAACAAAACAGGACCAGUGGAGAUCACAUCGCUGUACAUGAAGUAUCUCUGGGACUGACCCAACGGAUUACACUGGCUGCUUCACCUUUAAGACGACAAGCAAACACCUCCAAGUGGCCAUGGAUUUUCUCAAUCACAACUAUUUGAAUGCGCGCAACCCCUACGAUUAUACCUUCAAUUUCUGGAACGACUAUCUUGGACUCACGACGCUGGUUACGAAGAAUAAUAAGCUUAACAUGCCCCAGAAUCCAAACUCCAUCACCGAAUCCCUAAAAGCGACUCUGGGUUUGGACGAUUCCCCUGCGUGUCCGUGCGUAAUGACCAGCGGCACCGGAGAGAGCGGCCACCUGGACUGCUGCUGCCCGUCCGUCAGCCCCCCGCCUCCCUCCAUCCUGGACCUGAAGGAGCGCUUCUCCAUCCUCAGUCCCUUCCAAAGCCAGCUGCCGGAGCGAGAGAUGGGCUUCGGGGGAAACUUCGCGGGCUUCGAUUUCUUCGGCGUGGAGAGGAAGAUGCGCAAACCUGCAUCCAGGGGCAAACAGGAGCCCAAAAUCUGCGUGUUCUGUCGGAAUAACGGAGCGCCGGAGGAGGUGUUCGGCUCCCACGUCCUGAAAACUCCAGACGGCAGGGUUGUGUGUCCGAUCCUGAGGGCUUACACCUGCCCGCUCUGCAGCGCCAACGGGGACAAUGCCCACACAAUAAAAUACUGUCCACUGUCAAAAGACCAGCCAUCCCAGCGCCCAUUAAAGGGGGGCAGGGCUGUGGGCGGUAAGAGGAUGAAAGUAUUCUAAAUAGACCAAUCUAUAAAGAAAAUUGAAUUGCACUGAAAAAAAAUACCCGAUGACUGUUUUUGAUUUCGGUUUUAGCCUUUAUCCCUGUUUCAUAAACAUACUGACUUUUUUUCUUUGUUCCAUUUAUAAGAUUGCUUCUAUUUUUAUAGUUUUUAUCCACAUAGAAUCAUUUCUGCUCUAUACAUUGGAUUUAUUCUCUCUAGUUUAUAGUCAUUUGAGUGUGUGCAUAUAAAAACACAUAUAUAUCAAUAAUCCCAACAUUUUUGAAAGUAUUUUGGUCACAUAGGAAAAGACAUUGACAUUUGGUAAAGGGGAUGAAUGUCAAUUUUUACCAACUAUUUUUGUAUGGUGAGCUGAAAGCUCAUUGCUAUCUUCUUUCACGUCUUAAAGAAACCAAAGUUGUGUUUGCCAUUAAAGAAGCUGAAGAAUGUGUUGGUAAUGUGUAUGUGUGGGUCUGACUGAAUGAGGAAGUCUGCCUGCCUGAAAAAAACAAAAAACAAAAAAAAAUCUUCACCACAUGUUUUUCUAAAAGUUGAUAGUCAUUUUGGGAGAAAGGAAUCCAAAACAGAAAGAGUGACUUCUGUUUUAGCUCUAUGUCAUGCCUGGCAAACAGAAAGAUAUUCUACACUUUUAUGUUUACAUUCCCAAACAAGGGUGACACACUGGAUUUUAUUUUCUCUGUACAGUCUUGUUAUUUUAUUUUAUUUAUUUUUUUGUUUUUCCCCCCUGACAUUUAUUUUUAGCACAGUCACACAUCCAGGUCAGCUCUGCCAUAUAGAGUUUGCCUCUAGAUGGAAAAAAAAAACACCUAGCAAAUGAAUGUCAUUAAAUGAUAAUAUUUUUUUUUCUGUAGAAUCCCAAGAAAAUGCAAAAAUGUCCUGAAUGUACAAUUAAAAGUGUAACUUGUGGGACUGCACAUUUCUAAAAGUUUUGUUUACCAAAGGAAAACAACUGCAUUAAAGGAGAGAAAAAACAACAACAAAAGAUUUGCUGUAUAGUCAAUGAAAAUGAUGUUUAUUCAGUGUUUUAACAUUGCAAGUGACUUCAGAGGGCGCUACCUCAAGGGGAUUUUGUACUUACAUGUAAAAAAAAAUCAAUAGCAGUUCAUUGAUAUAGUGCUGCCAUUUAUAAUAAGGGUUUUUGAUAGUAUUUUUGAUCUUUGUAUAACAUAAUUGUAUUUUCAUUUUGUUGCAUUUAACACAGUGGAAGUGAGUUUCCAAAAAGCUAUAAUUAGCAUUGUUCACCAAAAGGUGAUUCUCUGUAAAUAGUGAAUAUGCCCAUACUUUUGAAAGACUAGCUGUCAAGUGAUGCAUUGAGGUGGUGCAAAAACUGAAAAAAAAAAAAUGUUGACAAUUGUCACUUUUAACAGAGGUUUUUGAUUAAAUGAUUAAGA